AUGCCCAUCCCCACUCGUUCGGCCUCGCUGCGCGAACCCCGUAAACACGUUUCAAAUAUCGCACGACCCGCUACGAAACUCUCUCCAAAUACCACCGGCUCGAAGGAACCCUCCCGAUCGAACAAUGACAACCGUCCAUCCCCCUCGCCGGCCGAGGUUGCUUUGAAAGACAAUGGCCCGGCUGCUCGAGGGAGAAUCCCUCUCCCCCAGCGCAGCAACACACAAGAAAAUAGCCGUACAGGCCAAGUACGGUUUCAACCACCAGCCAGCAGACCGAGCCCGCGAGAUCCUUCACCGUCGCGACAAGAAACAUCCCCGGGAAAGAAGCAGGCUCGGACAGACUCGACAGCUGUGAAACCUGUCUUACCACCCACUAGGCGCCAAAGUAUCAUGCGACCUGGUGCGCUCAAAAUACCUGCGGUGAAGACCGCAACAUCUGCAUCAAAGAACUCGGCGCCUUCAUUUGCGCCGCCGUCGCCCCGUAAAUUACCAGGCCGACGGUCGCCCGUGCAGCCUAUACAGCCUCCGGCCCGGAUACCCGCGUCGCCAAAGAAGACAGAGAUGCUACCUCCCCCACGUCCCGCGCGCUCUGCUUCUUUAAGACAGCCCAUCAAUACCGGAAAGAUUCCACCAGUUGCAAAGGGUCAUACGCGGCACCGAAGCCAAUUGACCCAAAGCACCAAGCCAGUCGAGCCAACACCCACCGGCCGUACUCGUGCGAUCUCCACAUAUCAGCGACCAUCCUCUCCCAAAAAGUUCUCAAAGCCCCCAACGCCGACCCCUGGGAGCGGCGCUCAGUCAGACAACCUGCUGGUUCCUUCGUCAUGGCCGGAUAUAACUGCGCUACAGACUGAGCUCCUUCAACUCAGCCUGUUUCACUCGAAUGCUAUGCAGCAGCAAGCGGAAUGGAAGUCCGAGUCCGAGUCCCAAUUACAAAACAAAUACGAAGGCGUCGCUGCUCAAUACCAGUCCUUGUUGGCGAAUGAAACAAAACAACAAUACCAACUCAAUGUACAUGCGCUGGGCCUUUGGCUAUCUAAUUGCACUGAACAUCGUGGAUCAUAUGAUUUCUCCGAGCAAAUUCAAAUCCUUUCACAGAUCCUACAAGAAGUGUCGGAUAUGAUCGCCGAGAAUGGACAUUAUUCCUAUAUUAUCAUGACCUUCAAAGCCUGGCUUUCACACGCAGAGCAAAUCCGCCAGAACCGUGAACUAGGCUGCAUCGACGUCGCUUUCGUCGACCCUUUACCGCGGAGCUGGAAGGAACCAGUUCAAGCUCUGAGUUCCAAGCUCGAACUUUUCUCUCGACAGCUCCAAUCACUCGAUAUCCUUGGAUUUGGCCAGGUGGAGCGUGUGGAGCAGUCUGCACUUGCGAGAGUAGCGAGGACCUUGGUCGACCUGACCCAAUUGAUGAUGCAGGAGAUACGGGCUCUGCGGGCUCUAGAGGCGGAUGUUGUACGAUCUGAGAGAGAUGCUGUUGGCUUGCUUGCGAGUCAAAUUUCAGGCUCCCCGAGAGAAUCGAGGGCACCUAGGGCUGGGGCCUGGAGAUGCUAG